GCUGCGGGGCGAUUGGUUCAAUGCGUGCAGCAACCUCAUGGACCACCGCCUUCCUCAACGCGGACGAGCGCAAGAAGCAGGAGAGAGUUGAGUUGGAGCACAAGCUGGUGCGGCUCUUCAGCCUGCUGUACGGGUUCGCGCUCCAGCAGGACGGUCUCCACGGAGCAGAACUCGCUCGAGUUUAUCAACCUUGCAGGCUUCGAUGCCCGGUCAAUGGUUUACCUGGACGAGUGCCACGACGCGUGCGAGGUUGUGCUCCAGUGGCUCCAGAGGCUCAUCGUCGAGGCUAACUCCAGCGACGUGAUCAAGAUUGCCCCCCCGAUCUUAGCCAGACGGGCAACCAGCUCGGGCAGGGCAUCGUCAAGCUGA